AAGAGCAGGAUCCUGGAAAUCACUUCUAACUUUAUAUAUUUUCCAAUAUAUAAAAUACAUACAUAUGUACACUAUAUAUAUAUAUCAUAAAUCGUCCAUGUCCAAAAUACAUUGAAAACAACUCAAACUCAAGCAAGCCUCUCUCGUAUACUCUUAGCUUUUAUUCCUUCUCUCUCUCUCUCUCUCUCUCUCUCUUUUCUUGCUAAAACACCUAACUAAGAGAAGAUAUAGCCAUAUAUAUACUCUCCAUUAACUUCUUAAUGGAUCAUUCCCAUAAACUUCCUUCCUUUAGUUGUGAACUUAGAAUAAUACAAGCCCAAAACGUUGAGUCCAUAAAGUCCACAAAAAACCUAUUUACCAGGUUAUAUCUUCCAGCAGGAAGCAACAAAAGAAUUCAACUCAACACCAAAAAAGUUUCCUCCAAUACCAAAUAUGUUCCCUUUUGGAACGAGUCCUUCAACUUAAAUUGUUCAUGUCCCCAAGAAUUCUUGGAAGGUCUAAAGAAGGAAAGCCUUGUGGUGGAGCUAAGGCAAAGCAAGAUUUGGGGGUCACAUGUGGUGGGAAAGGGUGAGAUUCCUUGGAAGGCAAUUCUUGAAUCACCAAACAUGGAGUUCAAGGAAUGGGUGAAGAUGGAUUUGGUGAGUGGAAUUGAUUGUGAAGAUGUUAUGUUCAAGGCACCACAAGUACAAGUGGAGAUUAAAAUACAAGUGGAGAAAGAGAAUAAUAAUAGGAGAAAGAGAUUGAACAAUAGGUGGGACGAGUGUGGAUGCAAACAAGGGCAUGAUCAACAUGCAUGGUGCAGUGCUGAAGAUUAUGAUAUAUUUGCUUUGGGAGCAGUUUUGGAGGCUUUUUGAUUUACACGAGAGCAAGCAAUUGAUGCACUAACAUUAGCUCGUUAAUUAAUUAAUUAUAUGAUUCGAUCGAGUUGCUUUUGUCUGUUUCAUUAAAAUAUAUUAAUUUGCGAGUCAUGAGCAUUGAUUUUUUAAAUUUUUUUUUUAAUGUUGUAAUUGUAUGUGGUCCUGAUGGUUUCUUUUAAUAAUAGUAGACUUUGUCACAAUUAAUGUUAAA